AUGGAAGACGAUAUGGAAAAUGCUGCUGCGUUUCAAACUGCAAAUCAUAUGGACUUCAGUCUAGCAAGGAUGAUUCAGAUGGACAAGAGGGAGGCAUCAUGGAUGGACCUAGAUGAUGCCACAGGACAGCCCCCAACUGGGUUUGAUAAGGAGGAAAGGUUCAAGAGGGUAUCAGACAAGUGUCGUAUCAAGGAAGUAGAUUACUCAGCAGAACUGCAUGAAAUGGUGUACAGUCAAAUGGAACAGAUCAACCACAUGAGGCGUGAGAUGGAAAGGGAAGCUCAAAACCUACAACAAGCACAUAUGUCUAGCAUGGAAGAUAUCAGAAAACAGUGGGAAGUAGCUCUGAGAGAGCGGGAAGCGCAACUCACCAAAGAAUUCAAGGCUAGCCGUGUCGAGCAGCACCAACAGCUUGAAGAUUAUAUGAGAAGAAGUCGUGAAGCGGUCGGCCACGCGAAUCGCGAGGUGGUAGAAACCAGCAUGCAGAAAAUUCUAGAGGAUAGUCGCAAACGCUUUGAGCAAGAACUAGCUCAGUGUGAAGAAGAGUUAAACAGAAAGAAAGAAGAAGAGUUUCUAGAACGUGAGCAUGCGAGAUUCGGCGAGAUGGAGCAGAGGCUGAAGUCCGAAGUUGAUAAAUUGAGGGCGGAAAAAGAAAGCGAGCUGGCCAACAUGGAACAGCAGUUUUCCAGGAGUUACAGAUUACAGGAUAGGGAUACAGAAAUGGAUGACAGCCCCUGUCCAUCUGCAAAGCCAUUGUCAGGUACCCCAUGCCUUGAUACCAUCAAGAAGUUAAAGAGAAUUCGUGGAAUAUCGCGCAGGACUCGCCUUGUAUCAGUACCUGUGGAGGCAGACACACAGGAAAUCCAUCAAGAACGAUCAUUCGAGCAAGAUGCACCACGUCAACAACAUGACACCUCACCUAGUGCCAGUAUGGAAGAUGCGAUUGCAAGAGGUGUGGAGGCUGCACUGAAACGCAUUCUCAUCGAGAAAGAGUUCCCGCUCGUCAAAAAACGCAGUCCCCGGAAGAAAAAGAUAGAGGAUGAAGAAAUUCGGCGAGAGAAGGCUGCUGAACUGAGCUGCGAAAGAGAUUUUCUUCUGGGAGAAGUGCGGCGUUUGUUCAAAGAUGUUUUCAAGAUCGCUCAAGAUACCGAUUUCAUAGUCCAUGAGGCAGCGAGUCGCGAGGAUGUCUUCUCAUAUGAAUAUGAAGAUGGUCCAGGUCCUGAUCUAAAAAAUCUUGCCUUUGAUCUCAAAAAUGGAUCCAAAACCCCCUGGAAUAGUAAGAUUGUUGAUUUGCUCCUCGAAGAAAUACAGAAAAGGUGUGAUGAAGAGAAGUGGCCAUUCCAGAGGUCAGAGGUGUAUUUCAGGGAAAUCCUUCACAACCGUUACAAGCGCUUGCAUAUGAUCUGGACAGCUGCACAGCCCAAGGUCACAGCGAAAGGUAUAUUGGAGACCCCCGUAGAGGUGGAGAAAAGGUUGAUUACGAAGAAGGACGAAACACUGAAAGCGACUCAUCAAACAAUGCGUCAGAGGAAUAAAUAUCGUCGUAGGGUAGUGGUUGUCGACAAUCUCGUCAAACAAACAGCCGAUGAAAACGAAGAAGACCUCCCAGCCUGGCGGUGGCUUCAACGACUGAUCAAGAUGUUGGGAGAAGGCGGUAUGAGUUCGGAGGAAAGCGAUGUGGAAAAUGACAUUGAAACUGUUCUUCAUGUCAAAAAUAUGAUAUGGCGCCAAGCGGUAGAACGGGAGAUGACAUCGUUGAUCACCAAAGACUUGUGGACGACGAUAUCUUCGCCCUUCAAGGCUCAAAACCAAUGA